AUGGAAGUUACAGGUGAGUUAUUGAAACAAAUUCCCUGUGACUAUCCAGGUUGUUUGGCCACGUUUACCAGAAGGUGGAAGUUGGAGGAGCACCUUAGCGUACAUACAGGGCAGAAGCCUUACAAGUGUGAUCAGGGAGAAUGUCAGAAGACUUUUACUCGCAAAUCUCACCUACAAAGACAUGUAUGUCAACACUUGGGACAGAAGAAAUUCCGAUGUACAGCUGAUGGUUGCACAGAAGCAUUUGUUAAUAAUAAUCGUUUGAAGAAACACAUGAUCUAUCAUCAUGGAAACAAAGAAUACUUCAAGUGUUCUUCUGAAGCUUGUGGGAAAACAUUCAAGAAAAAUCGUGACUUGAAGACCCACUGUUAUGAGCACAUCAAAGAACCUGCUUUUGAGUGUCAGAAGGAGGGGUGCAAAAUGAAAUUCAAGACAUCAAAUGAACGCAAAGUGCAUGAAAGAAAACACAAUGGUUCAGUUGAACACUCUUGUGCUAAUUGUGAAAAGAAAUUCAAACAUCCUCGUGCCCUACGUAGACACAAACUGAUCCAUAGGGCUCAGAACUCCGGGCGGAUAUGCCCAAUGGAGGACUGUGACCUGAAUUUCAGAACUGGCUUUAACUUGGAACAUCACAUCCGAAAAGAUCACUUCAAGUUAUUGGAAUACAAAUGUUACUUUCCAGACUGCCAAAAGGCCUUUGCAAUGAAGGAGAGUCUUCACCGUCAUCUUGUGGUGCAUGAUCCUGACCGGAAAAAACUAAAUAUCAACCACGAAUGUCGACAAAAAUGGCAUCCAGGCCAGAGGAACCUGGUGAUCGAGGAGAAACUGACCAGACUCUUCAAUGAGAAGCAAAUUUUCAGAACAAAAAGUAAAAUAGAGAGUGACCUCUCCGGUCUCUUUAAUGAGCGUAAAAUUACACAUCCUGUAAAUACUGAAGCCUAUCUUUCUCGGCUAUUUGAAAACCAACUGCUUUUACCAGGAAAAUAG